AGAGCAAUGUUUUCAUGCCUGCUGACGACCUGCGGUAGUCACUCUGCCAUGGCGCCCGUAAUGUCGAUGAUUGAGGAGGGGACAUCAUAGCAUCGCAUUUUCAUUCGCUUUAGUGAAAAGUGUUCCUUGCAUUUUGAAACUCUGGUUUGGAUUUAAUAAAAUUUAUCUCUGAACCGGCCAUGACCGUGGAGCAGAAUGUCCUCCAGCAGCAUUCUCAGAAGCAUCAACAGACGCUACUAAACCAGUUGAGGGAGAUCACGGGCACCACAGACGUUCAGCUGCUUCAGCAGGCUCUGCAGGUGAGCAAUGGAGACCUGGCCGAGGCUGUAGCUUUUCUGACGGAGAAGAAUGCUAAGGUUCCUCAGCAAGAUGAGACAACCUACUACCAGACAUCUCAGGUGGCCAGCGACAGAUAUAUCAGCGUGGGCAGCCAGGCAGACACAAAUGUCAUUGACCUGACUGGGGACGAUAAAGAUGACCUGCAGAGGGCUAUCGCCCUCAGCCUGGAGGAGUCCAGUCGGGCAUUUAGGGAGACGGGCAUCACUGAUGAGGAGCAGGCCAUCAGCAGAGUUUUGGAGGCCAGUAUAGCGGAGAACAAGGCAAGUCUGAAGCGUACCCACACAGAAGUAUGGAGUGAUUCACCCAACCCGCAUGACAGGAAGAGGAUAGAUAACUGCCCUGUGGGGCUGAAAAAUGUUGGCAAUACCUGCUGGUUCAGUGCUGUUAUACAGUCUCUGUUCAACCUGCUGGAGUUCCAGAGGCUGGUACUCAACUACUCUCCUCCAGCCAGAGUCCAUGACCUGCCUCGCAACCAGAAGGAGCACAGGAACCUGCCCUUCAUGCAGGAGCUAAGGAACCUUUUCUCCCUCAUGGUGGGGUCCAAGAGGAAAUAUGUGGAUCCGUCACGAGCUGUGGAAAUCCUCAAAGACGCCUUCAAGUCCAGUGAGUCGCAGCAGCAGGAUGUGAGCGAGUUCACCCACAAGCUGCUGGACUGGCUGGAGGAUGCCUUCCAGAUGAAGGCUGAAGAAGACAGGGAGGGCGAGAAGCCAAAGAACCCUAUGGUGGAGCUUUUCUAUGGUCGCUUCCUUGCUGUGGGUGUCCUGGAAGGUAAAAAAUUUGAGAACACAGAGAUGUUUGGGCAGUACCCCCUGCAGGUGAACGGCUUCAAGGAUCUCCAUGAGUGUCUGGAGGCUGCAAUGAUUGAGGGCGAGAUCGAGUCCCUGCACUCAGCAGAGAACUCAGCCAGGUCUGGACAAGAGCACUGGUUCACAGAACUCCCUCCAGUGUUGACCUUUGAACUGUCAAGAUUUGAAUUCAACCAAGCACUAGGACGUCCUGAGAAGAUCCACAACAAGCUUGAGUUCCCCUCUAUGCUCUACAUGGACAGGUAUAUGGACAGGAACAGAGAAAUAACAAGGAUCAAGAGGGAGGAGAUCAGGAGGCUGAAAGAGCAUCUGACACUGCUCCAGCAGCGCCUGGAGAGGUAUCUGAGUUAUGGCUCAGGCCCCAAGAGGUUUCCUCUGGCAGAUGUCCUCCAGUAUGCCAUGGAAUUUGCCUCCAGUAAGCCAGUGUGCACCUCCCCAGUGGAAGACAUUGACUCAUCAGCACCCCCCGGUGGCACCACAGGACAACAGCUGCCCCUACCAAGCACAGCCGAGCAGGACUCCUUGCCUCCCCUAGAGAGCUCAGGCCCUGCCUCGGUUCCCGCUACAGCUCCCACUGCAGCCCAACAACAGAGAGUACCCAUUCAUAAACCCUUUACCCAGUCCCGGCUUCCCCCUGACCUCCCCAUGCACCCUGCCCCACGACACAUCACUGAAGAAGAGCUGAGGGUGCUCGAGGGCUGCUUGCAUCGUUGGAGGAGUGAGGUGGAAAAUGACACCCGUGAUCUGCAGGGCAGUAUAACCAGAAUCCACAGAACCAUUGAGCUAAUGUACUCUGACAAAUCUAUGAUGCAGGUGCCAUACCGGCUUCAUGCAGUGCUGGUCCACGAAGGCCAGGCCAAUGCAGGGCACUACUGGGCUUACAUCUAUGACCCACAUCAGCGUUGCUGGAUGAAGUAUAAUGAUAUCUCGGUCACUAAGUCGUCCUGGGAGGAGCUGGUCAGAGACUCAUUCGGAGGCUACCGCAACGCCAGUGCCUACUGUCUCAUGUAUAUCAACGACAAGAAGCCCUUUCUCAUAGAAGAGGAGUUUGAUAAGGAAACGGGACAGAUACUCAGCGGCAUGGACAAAUUGCCUCCAGACCUGAAGCAGUAUGUGAAGGAGGACAAUGAGCUGUUUGACAAGGAGAUUGAGGAGUGGGACACCCUGCAGGCCCGCAAGGCCCAGCAGGAGAAGCUGGCAUUGGCCACAGCAGCUGCCGCUGCCUCGGCAGCAUCCAGCACCUCCACUUCUUCCUCUUCUCCUCAGCCCAUGAGUAUCGAAUCCAGCCCUCCAGACAAUGCAGUACCCCAGCAGGACCCAGAGUACAUGGAGCAGCCAUCACCCACAAAUGACUCCAAGCACCUGCAGGAGGACACAGAGAGAGCCAUCUCAAGGGCUGCUGCUGAGCAAGAGGAGAGAAGCCCUGAAGCAUUGCUAAAUGCUUCUAUUCCCCCUCCCACCUCCCCUCAGCCUGAGGUCCGGGUGAGCACCCCCUCCACCCCUCCUCCUGACCUGGUCAUGGAGGAUGAGUCCUCUGGCCAGCGCACAGUAGAGGUGGCCAUUCCUAAUGUGGGGACCUUUGUCAUUGAGUCAGAAGAGGGGGGGUAUGAUGAUGAGGCGAUGAUGACCCCCAACAUGCAGGGUAUAAUAAUGGCCAUUGGCAAAUCCUGCAGCGUAUAUGAAAAGAAUGGGCCUGAGGCAGCCUUUUUUAAGGCCAUAAAGCUGGAGUAUGCCCGUCUUCUGAGAUUUGCCCAAGAGGACACAUCACUUGAGAAUGACUACCGACUUCAGCACAUCAUCGUCUAUUUCAUCCAAAACCAGGCACCCAAGAAGAUCCUGGAGAGGACUCUGCUCACACAGUUUGCCGACAGGAACCUGGCCUUUGAUGAGAGAUGUAAGAGCAUUAUGAAUGUGGCACGUGCCAAACUGGACCUAAUUAAGCCAGAGGAGGUCAACAUGGAUGAAUAUGAGAUGUGGCAUCAGGACUACAGGAAUUUCCGUGAGACGACCGUCUUCAUGAUGACUGGCUUGGAGCUCUUUCAGAAGACAAGUUACGUGGAGGCUCUGAUGUAUCUGAUUUACUCGUAUCAGUACAACAAGGAGCUUCUGUCCAAAGGGCUGUAUAGAGGACACGACGAGGAGCUUCUUGGUCAUUACCGUCGAGAGUGUUUGCUAAAAUUAAACGAGCAAGCGGCCGCCAUGUUUGAGUCAGGAGAAGAACCAGAGGUGACCACGGGCCUAGGCAUCAUGAAUGAGCUGGUGGUGCCCUGCAUCCCUCUGCUGCUGGUCCACGACACUGAGAGAGACCUUCUGGCAGUGGAGGACAUGAGGAACCGCUGGUGUUCUUACCUGGGCCAAGAGAUGGAAUCCAACCUGCAGGAAAAGCUGACCGACUUCCUCCCCAAGUUACUGGACUGCUCGACGGAGAUCAAAAGCUUCCACGACCCUCCCAAGCUGCCCUCCUACUCCACGCUGGAGCUGUGUGAACGAUUCAGCCGCAUCAUGGCCGCCCUAGGCAGGGUGCCCACCGAGGGGAGAUGAGCUCCGAGGGACGGCCAGACACCGCUCCCUUUUCAGAGGCCCAACCCUGGGCAAAAAAUCCAUGGACCUCUCUUAACCCAUGCCUUCCUUAUAAAUCCAGGGGUCACUCGCUUCUAGCUGUUAUUCCUCUGUUACUCUUUUGCUGCUAUAGGUUUUAUCAUUAUAAAUAUUAUUUCACUUUUAUUUUAAGCAAAACACAACGGAGGAAAGGAGGAAGAGAGGACGGACUGUUGGGAGGGAAUAAAGAAAUGUGAGAGGAGAAGAUGAUGGAAAAAACAGUGGCAAUCCUGCAGUGGUUGAAAGCCAAGCACAUUCUGCUUCAGCUUUGCAAAAAACAGAGUUUGAGGGUUUUUCAUAGUUUAUUAUUGUUGUUGUUGCUGUUUGAUUCAAGCUUCUCCAACCACGCUCAUAGCCCUUUCUAAAGCACCCUUCUCUGCGUGAAAAGGAUCACCCUGCUGCUCUGCCUCCAGUUUGGUACAGUAUUACCAUGUUUUGUUUUAUUUUUCUAAGGAAGUAAGGAAGAGAGCCUUCAGAUUUAUCAGUGGCUCAGCGUAUCUCAAAUGGGUCACAUGUCUUUGUGGACUGCGCCAGAAUGAGAUGUUUUAAGUGCUGUGGUAGACAGCCACGGACUUCCUGUGGCUUGUUAAUAAAUCGAGAGAAUAAAAUUUUAUUUAUGGCCCUUUUAGGCCAAAUUAACCAAUGCUUUGCCUGAUUUUGAUUUUUACUUCACUUGCUCAAUAAUAACUGACACUGACAUUAUUAUUAACAUUGCACCUCACUGUUCAUAGUGAAAUGUCUUUCAUUUGAGACAUUAGGGGGCAGACAGAGGAGCUGGCAGUUUGCAAUGUAAGUAGAGCUUCAGUGUCCUCACUUAAAGUCAGACUGACAUCAUGUACCAUUGGUCUCAAACCUCUAUGUGAUCCAGCUGUGAUCAUUCAGAUGGUAUUAUGCAGUUAAUUAAAAUCAGCCUUUCAUUAAUACAAACUCCAACGUGUACAGCUUAUGGCCAAGAAAAUAAAACUAUUAAACAAGACUCAGUUCUAGCUGCUUUGAAAUUGCUUUUUUUUUUUUUUUUUUUUUAAUAAUACAUUUUGAGCUAAUUUCCUGCAGUAACACUAAUUUCCGGGAACGAGGAUCACUACAAACAACCAACGGAAGAAGACAGGAAACACUUUCACAAAUAUCUCCAAAACACUGGCCACCCGCAUUGUGCAGACCAUAAGAUGAAAUAAUCUUUCAAAAUUGAAUAUUGAAUAUUGGAUAUAUAA